AUGCAGCCAGCGACCGCGCCGUACAUCCUGCGGUCGCUCUACAAGGACGAGCACGUUGUUGACACCCAUGUAAACCGCCCGCUCACCGACCUGGUGACGUCCGCGUUCGGUGCACACUUCACCAACAUGUACGACUCGCACCUGAGUGGCCUGGCGAAGGGUGUGUAUGUCUUCUUCGCCCUCCUGCGCGGACAGACGCUCGGGGAAGAGUUCUGCGACUUGUUGCCUGUCACGCGUGGUAACCCUGCGCGCCUGCUGGGAUUGAAGCGGAAGGCGCUGCUCGCGCUGCUGCUCGCGCUGGAGCCAGUGGCGCUCUUCCGCUUCGCCAUCAAGGUGUUCCCGUCGCUCCCGCCGCACGACGUCAUUGCGAACGUGCACAAGUGCACCCUGCUGCUGCUGCUCCUGUUUGAGACGUACGGCACCCUUUCCCACCGCCUGCUCGGCGUGCGCUACCUGAGCCUCGUGCCGUCGCGCAUGCUCGAACGAGACGACGGCGCGCGCGGCACAUAUCUGCUGUCCGGCAUUGCGUUGCUGCUCGAGUUGUCUAUCCGGCUCUGGCGCUUCAUGGAGGAGCGGCGGCUCGCCAACCAGAGCGGUGCCAAGCGUGACGAGACACAGCAGCGGAAAGACGGGGUCGACGACGAGAGCGACAGCGACGUGGACGACAGUCAGCGUGCGGCGGCCGGCAAGUGCAUGCUGUGCUUGGGCAACCGCAAGCAGCCGACGGCGACGCUGUGUGGACACAUUUUCUGUUGGCGGUGCUUGUCAGAGUGGAUCAAGUCCAACUCGCAGGGCGCUAUAUGUCCCUUUUGUCGGCGGCGAAUUACGGUCCAGUCGUCGGUGCCGCUGUACUUCUACGUGGCGAAGGAGCCACCCGUCGUGGGCGGCGUCCACGACACCUCCGCCUAG